AUGAAUGUGAAAAAGAAAAUUGGACUUGCUGCCUUAACUCAAGCGCUGAUGCAAAAUACUCAAGGAUGGCAAAAUAUACUGCAACAAUCUGACCCGGAAAGUAAAGCGAGAACUUUGAACCAAAACAAGUUCGCCUGCGAGUACUGCAAACGAAAAUUCGUUUACAUGACCGGGCUGAACCGACACGUUACCAAGUUCCAUCCCGAAAAAGAAAAUCUUCCCGGUUCCGGUCUGCAGACGCAAGGAACUGUCGCACCUUACACACGCCCAAACACGUUCGACAUCGUGAUAAAGUGCAUAGAUUGUGGAGAAAUCUUCCAGGAUGUCAAGCUCUACGAAACCCAUAGCGUCCGUUACAACUGGGAGUUAAUGCUUGGCAACUCACCAAGCGUGGUGGAGACCAUGGGAACUUCAGCGUUCAUGCAGAAGCUGCGUAUCGUGGUCAUCAAUACGGCACUGUUGUGCGAAUUCUGUGACGCUUGCUUCUCCGACCAUGCGUCACUGUUCUAUCACGAGGCGCAUCAUUCACCAACGUCCGGGUUCACAUGCACCUUCUGCAAGCUGAACAUUUUCACCCUGCAAGCGGCACUGGAACAUCGAGCGGAGUGUUUCGAUUAUGGCCAUGUUCGUGCAACACAACUGCUGAACGUGGGGAUGGUGUAUAGUUGCAACGUUUGCCUGUCACCGUUUUACACGCUGCCCGAAUUGUACGAACAUCGCUACAGUAACCAUCAUUACUUUCCUCGCCGGAUCGCGGUCAUAGUAAUGGAGUCUAAAGACUUCGACGUACUGUGGCUGAGCUGUGAACUAUGUGGGUUUACGUGCAAUCACAUCAAUGCACUGUUGAACCAUCGCCACAACCAUCAUGCUUCGGCCUGCCCCGACGGUGACAGUCGUGAGGCAGAGAAAUCGCCCACCAUCAAACGGUCCACGGUCAAACGUUUGGUGGAGAGGGAUGAUUUAAACAACUACCGGCAGUUUCUGUGCGAGAAGUGUGGCAAAACUUACACCCAGUCGAGCCACCUGUGGCAGCAUCUGCGCUUUCACAACGGAGUAAAACCGUUCGCCUGUAGCGUGCAGGGUUGCUCACGUCGGUUCACGAUACGUCCCGAUCUGAGCGAUCACAUCCGCAAGUGCCACACCGGGGAACGGCCGUACGAGUGCGAUGUGUGCCACAAGCGAUUCCUGACUGGGUCCGUAUUUUAUCAGCACCGAUUGAUACAUCGGAACGAGCGACGCCACGCUUGCGAGGACUGCGAUCGUCGUUUUUACCGGGCGGAUGCACUAAAGAAUCACCGUCGCAUACACACCGGCGAGAAACCGUACGGCUGUACGCAUUGCGAACGAAGGUUUCGCCAGCGUGGAGACCGGGAGAAGCAUGUGCGCGUGAAGCACCUGAAAUAUCACUGA